UUCCGGUUGAAAUGGCAAAACACAAAAUCUCUGUAUUUCGUAAUUAAAACAUUGAAUACGUCGCAAAACACAAUGCCUUCCGGUAGACAAUUAGAGUCUGUAACUGUUUUAAUCCCCAGAACUUUAGAUCAGAGAAUAUUGCUUACAAAAUGUGAAACAGGAGGGUUAUGGUUACCAACUUGUCAAAGAAAUGAGGAAGAAACAUUACACACAGUGGCACAAAAUCUCUUACGAAAGAUAACAGGCCAGGAUGUUGGUAUUAAGGAGGUAGUGAAAACAAACUUUCUUCACUUUGUUAAUGCUCCAACUGCAGUAAACCUGAUAUAUUUGGCUAUGCCAAUUAAAGAAAUAUCCACGUGUGAUCGGGAAGCUGUAUGGCUCUCAAUAGAAGAAAUGGAGGAUCGAAUCAAGAUUUUGCCCUCAGGAAUUCUAGGUUUAGAACCCUUGAAUUUAGUCAAGAUCCUUCAUGAUGGUGCUCAUGGUAACAGCAUUGUUGAGACUUGUGUGGAAUACAUUGAAACAGAGAAAGUAGAUUCACCUCAACUAACUGCUGCAGAAUCACUGAUUAAAUCAGCCAAGUUUGGCAAGAAAGAGCAAGCUUUGUAUUUCCAAGAGUAUAUGGAUUUCUGCUUACCAAGUCAUUAUAUGAGUUAUGAGGUAUUUGAGAAGUACAUGCAGUUUAAAGGUUUAAAAGUUGAUGACAACAUGACAGAUUUCUUCAGAGCAUUUGACCUUCACAAGAGAAAGUUUUUAACCUUCAAGGAAGUUUUAUUAGGUUUAGCAGCAUUAGAACCCAGUACACAGCAUGGUGGUAUGCCUGCUGAAAUGAGAUGUAGAUAUAUAUUUAGAUUCUACGAUAAAAACUCAGAUGGACACUUACAAUAUGAUGAAUUCAGACAUAUGGUUAAAGACAUCAGAAGCUUUAAGAAUUUGAGUUUAGAUGAGGAGUCGGUGGAAGAAGAUGCUGUUAAGAGUGCUAAAUUAUUUGGAGCUGAGAGUAAGAAUAAGUUACCAUUAGGAGAGUUUUUACAGGCUGUAGGACAAUUGAAGUUUAGAGGAACAUCAGUACUGUUCAGACUUCAACAUUCAUCUACAACAUCAUUAAAAUUAUUAGAAAAACCAAUUGAGAAUUCCUCACCUAUGAAAGAUGAGAGUAUGGAACCACCAUCAUCAAAGAGACUUCGUCCAAAGAUGUUAGACUCAAUUAGAAACUCUCCUCCCAGAAAACUAAAUAUGACAGAUACAGAUGGUGAACUAUUUAAGUUACCUGAUGUUAGACCAUUAUCAGCUAAACAUCCCCAAUUGCCUAGAUAUGAGUUAGCUACCCAUACCAUCAAAGUGAGAAGAACAGGUGUGCUGGCUGAUGUAGUCAAGCUAUGGGAUUUACAAGGUACAACAGCAGUAUCUGGUAGUGCCUUCAGCCAUCUGGAGGGUGACAUCAACAGAUUUCAGAGGAUGGGGUCAAUCGACUCAUUUAACCAGAGGUCACAUCCAAAUGAAAUGUUGACUGGACUGAGAUAUUUCGAAAGAGCUUUGAAGGGAGAUAAUGGAAGUCCUGCAAAGCAAGCUUUUGACUGGGGUCAAGUGGAAAAGAAUGCUUUAGCUAAAUGUCUUCUAACCUUAUGUCGACAAACCAAAGAAAUCUUAUCUGAUGAACCGAGGCUUGUCAAACUGACCGCUCCUGUUUAUAUUUUAGGUGAUAUCCAUGGUAACUACAGAGAUUUAGUGUGUUUUGAGAAAGCCCUGUGGAGAAUGGGGCCUAUGUUGACACCAGCCUCCUUCUUGUUUCUUGGUGAUUAUGUAGAUAGAGGAGAAUAUGGGGUGGAGGUUAUUUCCUAUUUAUUUGCUGAAAAACUGUUAGCACCAGAAAAGUUUGUACUUCUAAGAGGUAACCAUGAACUCAGAAGUGUGCAGGAAAUGUUUUCUUUUAAAACUGAGUGUAUUGCUAAAUUUGGAGAUAGUAUUGGUCUUCAGAUCUGGGAUGCUGUCAAUGAUUGCUUUGAUUGUAUGCCAAUAGCAGCUACUGUAGAUGAUAGGAUAUUCUGUGUACAUGGAGGUAUACCAGGCCCUGAAUCAGAAAGUUGUUUGAUAGAAAACAUCAACAAAGUACCUUGUCCACUCAGAGACCCAGAAAUAGAAAGUCCAUUAGCUUGGGAAAUAAUGUGGAGUGAUCCAAUUAGUGUAGAACAAGUAACACCAGAGUUAAAGGAGGAGUUAGAAAAACAGAAAGGUUAUGUGUAUAACUCACGGAGAGGAACGGCACAUUUCUUUAGUAUUGAAGCAUUAACCUCAUUUCUAGAUAUAAAUGGACUAUCACAUGUCAUCAGGGCUCAUGAAGUACAGGAGGCAGGAUUUCAGGUACAGCAACAGGGUAAAUUAUUAACUGUCUUUUCCUCCUCCGGAUAUUGUGGUGGAUCUAACGAAGCAGCUUGUGUUUUAGCGGACAAUUUUAAACUCAGAAUGAUACGACUCGAUACAACUUGAAAAGGGAGAUAACUCUAGUCAAAAUACAGUAUUGUGAAAAUGUGGAAUUUACCAGUUUCAGAAGAAAAUGGCAGCUAAAGUUUUAUGUACUUUUUUUGUUAAUGAAUUUGUUAUGAAAUAUCUAUUGUUGAAGGGUGACAACAAGGAAAAUUGUUUAACAAUAAGAUAUAUAUUUGAAUAGCCUAGCUAACAGCUUUGAACAGUUGAAAAUAUGACGUUAGAUUUACGAAAAGAAUAGAAAAGGAAUGAUUUUAAUAGAAACAUUAUUUUAAAGUGUUAUUUUAAAUAUUUUCAUUGUCAUUUUUAUUGCUUCUGCAUUGACCAUGUUGACAUUUUGAUCAAAACAUUCUGAAAUACUGAGAUGUCUCAUACUACUUUGAAUUCAUUUAUAUUCCUGGGUACCAAUUUUUCGUGGAUUGAGGAUAGAUAGCAUUUCACAGAUAAUUGAUUUCAAGGAUUUGCCAAAGUCUCCAUACAAGCCUAUAAAAAAUUUGUAACUUAUUGAAUAUUCAAAUUAGUUUCUCACCUGACCCACAAAUUCCACAAUAUUAGGUAUCCCAUGAAUAGUAAUGAAUCCACAGUUCAUUGUAUGCAUAAUAUCAUGUAACACCAUAUAUUCAUUUAUAUAUUCAAUGCAUCAAUUUUUACAUUUUAAUGCAUCCAUUGAAGCACUAUAAAUCUUUGUUUUGUUAUCUGUUUCUUGUGGUUUGUGUCAUGUAUUCAUUAUAGUCAAUUGUUGAAUUUAGAGUUUUAGUCUCAAGAAAUUACUGUUUUUGUAGCUUUUGUGUUAUUGUAAACAAUAUUUUAAGAAACUAGAAAUCAGCAUUUUGCAGCAUGGCAGCUUAAGCCUUGACUUGUUGGAAGAUAUAUAACCUCAAUAUUUUUAAAAACAUGUUUUUUGUGUACGGAAGAAGGACAGUUAGUAUAUUGGAUAAUUUUAUAUAUUUUUUUCAUGUUUUGAAGGUGGAUGGUACAUAGAAAAUAAAGUCUCUUUAUUUUUCCCAGUGAACUAGAUUCAAUUAUAGAUUAACUUACAAAUGGUUUGAUAUUCCAUAAUAUUCGUGUUUGUAAAAUUUUAUGUUAAUGUCAAAACAAUGUUGUGAUACAUCAGUUCCAAGACAUAUAUUCAAUACUUACAAAUAUUGAAUCAAGUUAUUUUUAUUUUUUGCUUGAACUUUCUAUUGUAAAGUAGCAUUCUUAAUAAUUUGUUUUUAGCUAGGUUAUUAAGGUUCUUCAUGAAUUAUGGUCCACAAUUUCUUGACUAUAACAAAAAUGCUUGUAAUAGUAAGGAAAAUUAGGUUUGAUGUCAUUUGUUCCCCUCUUGUUUAUUAUAAGUAUUUACACUAUAAACCCAUUUUUUGUGUCAAAAUGUGACGAUCAAACAAUCUUGAUAAUUAAAUACUUUAUGGUUACCAUAGCUAAUAUGAUAUGAAUGUUUAUUUAGUGAAUGCAUUGAGAGGUAAAGUAAGAUUUGUGAUUGGGAAAAGUAAUAACAUUUCACUUGCAUAGAUCAGUCCUAUGUACACCUUCACAUAAACACACACAUAUAUAUAUUUAUCAAACGCAAUCAUAUGUUUGAACGUUUUUUUUUUCAAUUUAGACUUGUAUAUACAUUAUCACAUUCUUGUGUCAGGUCUUUGUUAAUUAAAAAUCAGAUUUAUUUGUAUAUGUUGUAACUGUGAAUUUAUUCACAUUAAACUUUGAUGGUUUUAGCUCAAAUCACAAAAUAAGGUAUAUUUUUUAUAUUGUAAGUCUCUAAGACAAAGUGCUGUAAUUUUUUUUUUUAUUUCAGAUAACAAAUGUUAAUGUUUUUAUGAUUUUAAUAUUAUUUAUAUUUUUAUCUAUAAGGUAGGAUGAAAUAAGUGUACACUAAUUAUUUUCCCUCUUGAAAAAAAAAUGUUAUUAUUUUAAGUUGUUACAAAUUUUUCAUGUUGUGAAUAAUAGAUUCAGAAAGGUAGAUGCAUGAAUCAAAAACUACUCUCCCAUUCAUAGCAUCUGUAGUGAUUUUCCUGCAUUAAAUUUUAGCAUAAUCACAAAAAAUUUAGCACUAUCACAUAAUCAUAAUUUGCAUUUAGCCAGCAGGAUUCACAAUAUAAAUUUAGGCAUCAAUUUCUGAAUUUGUGGUAUAAUGAUUUGCAUAUUUUGUAUUAAUUUUCCACUGUAAUUGAUUUAUGCCUAUUAGCGGUCGAGUAAAGGAAUCAUAUCAUCAAUUUAGCUUUUAAUUCCGAUAGUUUUGAUAGUAGUUAUAUAUUUAUUUGUUAAGUCAGUUAAACUGAUUAAUGCCAAAAAGCAGUUCAUAAAGAAAUGCAACUUAUUGUGGGGAUGUUUACUUGUUUUUGUUUACAGUCAUGUCGCACAUUCCAUAAACAUUUCAUUAUUGUUUUAACCAUUUAGUAUGUAAAGAUGAUUUAGUCUAAUCAAUAAAUUUGUUGAUAAAUGAAGAAAUUAUUAUGAAAUGAAGGCUCCAACUCACUCAGGUCAAGAUUACGUUAGAUAAAAAUAUUGCCACUCAUUUUCACUCUCGCCUACUUUGGAUUCAUUUAUUUUAGUGGGUACCAAUUUUCGAUGAUUUCAGAAAACUUGCCUUUCUGUGGAUAUAUAACUUCGUGGUUUUGCUAAAGUCUGCAUACAACCUGAUGAACAGUUUGUAAUUCAUUGAAUUUUUAAAAUCGUGGUUCACCUGUACCAACGAAAACUGGUAACCAACCAAUAAUAAUGAAUCCACAGUAUUUUGGUUGUAGACCUCAGGACAUGAAACUUUUUAAAACAUUCAAAGUUAUAUUAGCUCAAGGAGAUAAUGUGUAGAGGCAAUCAAUGAUUCACAGUAGUACUGAACAAAAUUAGCAAAUUUGGUAAAACCUUAGGGAUUAACCGUGAACUUUUAAAUAAAGGCUGUAUUAUCGAAAUAGAAUAGAUUAUGACCCCCUGGAAUAGAUAACUGUAGCUGUUUUAAACAAACAUGUUUUAAAUUUUUGAUCCUCAAUGCUCCUAUAUUUUCUACUUUAUUUGGACUUUUUACUUUAUUUAUUCCAGAGUCACUGAUGAGACUUUUGUAGACGAAAGGCCUUUCUGGUAUCUAGUAUCUAUGUUGACUUUAAAAAAAUAUAGAUAAUUAUUUUUUAACAUAAAUUCAUGAUCAUCCUGUGUAGAUUAUUCUAGUGUAGGAUAGGGAACUUAUAUUUAGUUGACAAAAAUGGAAAGAUACCAGUUCUUAUGAGUAACCAGAUAGGACAAUAUAUUUUAUUUUUAUAAUCUAAUGUUUAUUGUGAGAUUGAAGAAUCAAUUUUAUUGUUAUGUAGUUAUAAGAGUGUAGCUUUUGUUAAAGUAAAGAAAAAAUAUUUCAA